CGCUCAUGGCCGCUCCGGCUGCACCUGCGCCGGGGGCGGGUGGGCCCGCCUUGGUGGGCCAGCUCCCACCUGCGUAUCAGCAUCUCCCAGGGGCGGGGGUGGGACCACCCGGAGGAGCUCCUGCUGGUGCGCCCAUCAUGCAGCCGCCCGCAGGUGGAUUCGAUAUUCCGGCCACAGCUGCCGCAGGAGGCCCCCCGUAUCACCAACCAGCAGAUCUUCACUUUCAGCACCUUGGAAAGGGCGGCGCUGCUGCUGCUGCUGCACCGAUGCAGCCGCCACCCACCGGGCCGCCGCCGACGGGGGGAGCAGGACAAACUAGCGCACAGUUGAUGUCGCCGACCGCCAGUGUGGGUAGCCAAGCCAAGGGAUCAGUACAUCAACCCAAGGGAGACGUCGGUGGACCGCCCGGCAGUAGUGCGGCUGUUCCAGCAAUGGUGGUUCAUCCGUCGCAUCUGACCGAAAAGGGGCAGAAAAUGCUGCUCGCAAAGGGAGGCAGUCUCGUGCAGGUUGGCGGUGUGUUGCCCGGAACAUCUGCAACGCAAGGGAAGAGUAGCGUUGCUCCGCCAGUGGAGCUUGAUCCGAAGCAGACGAACAAAGCAGGAGGAAAUGUUAAACAGGCACCCUCAACAUCGGCCGAAGAAGAAACGAAAAAUGCCGCCCCCUCCGCGACUAAUUUCGAGGAUAUCAUGGCAGACGUGACGAUCGCAGAACUACAGCAGGCAGACGACUCCCAAAACCCGCUGUUUAAUUUCAAAACCAACGACGGCAAGAAGUUUCGUUACGGGGACAUGAUUAUCGACCCGGGUAGCGACUCGGAGCCCGACGAGCAUCCGGUGGAAGCAAGUAAGUACCACUUAGGUGCAGCUGGUUCUGGACACCAGCAGACUGCGAACGGUGGCGGUGGAAAGAAGUACAACAAUAUUCGGUACGAACUCGGCGAGGAGAGCGACCAGUACUACCAGCAACCAGUUGCAGCGAACCAACAGCAGAGAAAUAAUGUGGUUAAUAACGCGAACGUUAAACACCAGAAUCUUGUUCAGUAUGAACAAGAGCAGGACUGGAGCGCGCUGUACCAGCAGCACAAUAGCAACAAGAAGCACGCGCCGGCUGCACAAUCGACGGAGAAGGAGGUGCAGGCGCACAAUGCAGCGGCGUCUGACAAGACUCCGCAACCGCACAUCCGGUACAAUCCGUAUCACGAAUAUGAGAAGCAGAACUAUACCGACACUUCUGUUGCCGGACAACAGGCCGCGACCGCUCAGACGGCCGGCGGGGCGGCUGCGGGAAGAGACAAUAAACACGACACGAAAAACAACAAAACGGUACAGAGUUCCAGCAACCAGACACUGCUUCCGACUGCGUGCUUCGAGUUUGUGUCUGAUUUCGAUGGACAGAUCGUUGGCCCGCUGCCGCUCUUUGAACAGAAGACGAAACCAAAAACGCCUUCCCCAAAACACGAAGAGACAAGUCACUAUAGCUCUUUCGACAAACCCAAGCCCGCAACUUUGGUGUUGAACAAGAUUCUCAAUAAGUUGCCGAAAAUGACCGCAGUUCGGAGGACCGGAGACAAAUUUUUCGUACGCGUCGACGACUUCGUGAAGAGCAACACAAUAGGACAAACUAAUAGCAAGGGCUGCAUGUCCACCGCAAAAGCAUCAUCUACCUCCGCUCUUGGGCAGUUCGGAUCCGUUUUCUCGACACUGCUGCGUUUACAGAUGAAUCGCUGUCCCGUGGUUGAGAAUUUGCUGGCUGACGCGGAAAAAUCCCAGAUGGACCCUUACCUGAAGCAAUUGCAGGAUCUCCUGGACGAAGAGACCUACUUGACGCGACACAACACGGUCAGUAGCAAAGAUACCGCUGCUGGAGGCGCGCAGCAGCAGCAGCAAACAGAUGCUGCUGCACAGCAAGGCAGCAUAUCAGCAGAGCGAACCUCCUCGACAGGUACUAACCCCCUACCGCCGCUCCCUCCCCUUCCGCCCUCCCCGCCGACUGAUGCACAGGGGAGCUGUGCGCCGCAGCAGGUGGAACACAAUGAUUCAAGUACUACGGGCAGCACACUGCAAAGAGCAAACAACUCUUCGACUUCGACUGCUCCGUUUGGCUCGUGCACGACUGUGUCCAGUUACGGCACCGCACUCGAGUUCGAGGAUGAGGAUUCCCGGCGGGCCACAAUGGCGUCCACCAACCAGAGAAAUACAUCAAGCAAUCCGCCCCGACCUCCGAGUUCCGCCGGGGGAGAUAGCUUGUAUAACCAGAACCAGAAUCUGUUGCUGACAAAGAACAGCUUUAACUCGUGGAAACAAACUACCGUGGGGGAAAACUUUCUUUCCCAGGACGCCAAGCAUUUCUAUUUGAGCUACGCGGUCGGUUUCUACCUACGCACCCUGGUGAAUCAACCCGACCUUGGGUUUUUCUGCAAGUUCGUUACCGAGGAAAUCCAGAAUUUAGGAAACGAAAGGCUAAAUUGGGAGGAGCGAUGGAUCAACCCCUUGCACAUCCACUUUUCGCAGCGGGAAAUCCACCCGUUCUUCCACGGGAAAGGUCCGGUGGAGGAAGUGAUUCAGUCCAUUUGGUCCGAGGAAGUAUCGCUUUGCGGGGGGAAGUCCUCCGGCGUCUGCUCCUGGAAUGAGUUGGCGUUCGGGACCAACGGGCCACAGGUGUUGUGGAACCCGCACUUGCUGACGAACCAGCAGCCCCCAGCACAACUGGUCGCUUCUUCGGGAACCGAGUCGGAGGAACAGGACCGGAAGCAGGAGCAGAUUCAGAACAACUAUUUGCAAGCAAAAGCGGAAAACCGGUCGACCGUGGUGGGCGACAAGGGAAAGAUCACGAAUUUCGAGGCGAAGCAGUCCGGCUCGCUGGCGAAUUCGGUGCACUUACUCUACACACCGUUCCCCUCGAUCCGGGUUCUUUUGAUGGACCAAGAUGUGACCAGCGACAGCUGCGCGAGCAACCACUUUUGUCCCUACAAAAAGCUCGUUUCCAUCGACAACCGCCGACUGUACGCGCUCCAGCGGGUGUGUUUAGACUACUGGCCAAAGCAGUGCUUGGUGAAAGUGCUUUUGACCUCCAUCACGUCGAUGAGUGAGCGGCGGCUGAAGAAGGAGGAGAUGAAGUUCACACACGGAGUUCCCGGGAAGUACGACGGUGGCCGCUGGGCAAACAUCAGCUCCGGCCGAAGUUUAGCCGCGGCUCCAGCUGGUGGAGGUGCCAAUGCAGGAGCGAACACGGGCUCGGAAUCAGAUUCCGCGGCAAUUACCACCGUGAACGGCACAGCGGCGAAAGACAAAGACGGGGCGGAAAAGGAGAACAGCGCCGCAGGUACCGCUGUGCAGCAGAUUACUCAGUGGGAGUCCUUCGACUGGUGCCUGCAGAUGAAAAAGAAGGAGUCGCAGCUUCUGCUCCGAAAUAUCUGCUUCCCGGACGUGCAGAAUCGAGAAUUGUGUCCCGAAUCACAGAAAGCGUUUUCCCUCCUCCCCUUCACGGUUAUCGCGUUCCUGAAACACUUCGAGGACAGCAUGUCGGUGAACAACAACCAGCCGGCGCUCUUGUACCGAAUGCAGAAAGACAAGGCGUCCAUCGUCGAAUACCUCAAUUUCGGCUGCAGCGCGGACGGGGGCAGCAGCGACUGGCACUCUCUAGGCACUCCGGGCACCGCUUUCACGGGCGCGAGUGGCCACGGGAUCGGAAACGGCAAGCCGGCAGACAGUACUGCGGCCGUCCCAAACUGCCGAAACUUCGGCCAGGCCUUCCAAAUGCUGAGCGAAUUCUACUACGAGCACUACGAAAAACCCUUGGGCCUGAAGUCACCCAAGGACCGACAUCAGGCCGGGAAGCCCGUAUUGCUUUUAUACCAUUUUACUUCUCCGUGAUUCAGCACAAGCAGAGUUUCGCAUGAUUUCAGUUCCUUUUCAUGUUGAUCAUGCCUUUUCUUUAACUAGACUGUUCAGUAGCAUUCAUAUUUCACUUUCGACGAAUCAUCACGCCACGGAUCUUGUACUCGAGGUUUCUAAUUCUAUCUUUUCUCCAAAAUGUGUUUUCUAUCUUCCCGAUUUCCACUCCACACACACACACACACCUCAGCCCCGCGACCCCUCCCGCCUGUUGGAGUUUUUCGGAGCGCAGUGGUUGCAGAGAAGAAACCAGUACAUGGAGUAUGUUUCCGCAACCCAGAAGGAAGACCCGUACUCUGUUCACUGUGACCACUACCACAAGCACAAACCGAGCAACCACAAAAACAAGCACCACCAGUUUCUCGACAACGGCAGAAAUUCCGCGUUCGAAGUGAACAGCUUCAAGCACAACGCGCUGCGACAGGAGAGCAGGUGGCGGAAGGAGCUAAAAUCGGAGUGGAAUUUGUGGGGGGAAUAUUCCGACUCGGUGUAUUACGAGGGGAAGAAGAUGAAGAAGAUAAUCGACGAGUACCAGUACAAACAGGAGUACGAGGGGUACUACGGGGCCACUGACAGUAGAGACAACAGCAAGAAAAAUAAGGACGGGUCCUUUUCCACAAAAAAUAACAGCAGCUCUCACCACAAAGAGAAACUGAAAGGCGAAGCAACACAACAAGCGACAUCUUCAAAAACAGUUCAACAGUCUUUAUCUAACCCAGAUAGCCGAUUGGCGCAGCAUUUGUUUCAGUCCUCCGGAGGCGGAUCUUCCGGUGAACACAGCAUCAAUUACGAAGAUUUGGUGGUUCGCAACAGCAAAGAGAAACUUUUGAUGCACAAGUUGGAAGAGACGGACAUCGAGAAGUUGAUCGAAACUGGGUACUUCGACCACCACUUUGACAAUUUCGAAUUCUCCUCGGCGAUUUUGGAAGCGGAGGAGGAGGAUUUUUUCAACAACAUCGACGACGGGAAGGUGCUCGACAAGGAGAUCGACAGUUAUUUGGACAAACUUUUAGGAAAAGACGAGCAAUUAACGAACAACCCGAAUUCUAGUUCACUUUUGGCGAAUGGAAAUCAUAACAUUUCUACCGAUCAGUACGGUGCUGGGGAGUCCACGCCCGGAACGACGAAGGACGACGAGUCGGACUUUGGUUUUGACCUCCAAGACCAGAUCAACCAAGAACUCCUCGGCCAGGAGCCCGCGGAGAAGAAGCCCUCGAAGAACAAGGGGGGAUCUACUUCCGGGGCUUCGUCGUCGAAGGAAUCGACAGCGAAUGGCGCGGGAACUACCACAGCACAUUAUAGCGGAGCAAAGCAUGGUGCAGGUGGUGGAGCCACAACUCCGUCCAGAACAACUUCUACAGGGUCCGCGAAUAGCAGAAAUGAUCCGACUGUUGCUGUCCACGACAAGUACAAUUACAACUUUUUCGGGACGUCGAAAAAGGAUCCUAUGGUCAACAACUACACCGCGUCAUCCUCGUCCGCCGCCGCUGGCCGGUCGCCGAAAAGCCUGGAGAAACACGUCCGCUAUUGGCGCCCGCUGGUCGACAUUCACACGGAAUUUUCCAAACUCGCGGAGCUCUUCAAAGUGAAGCAGUUCUUGGACGUGUUCGUGAAGCGAAAGUGGACGCUGUUGCACGUCAAGAUGCUGCUGUGGCUCUGCGGCAACAUCGGGGAGGAGGGGUUCUCUUUGAGUGGAAUGAGUGCAGGACCGGCGGCGGGGGCGGACGGUAAUAUAAGAACUGCGUCUGCAGCAGGAGCGCCGGAACAGCACAGUCAGGGUGGAAGUAGCGACACUGCCGCAGCAAACAUUAAAGCGACGAACAAACAAGAAGUAGAUGUCACGACUUCGAAGAUGAAACUCGACCUAGUGGACAUCAGUCAGCAAUACGCUGACCAGAAUUUACUCUUCGGCUUGCAUCUCCAGCACAUGCUGUACGGCCCGAAGCAGCGACUGCCCGACCUGGGUGUGAUGUUCCAGAAAACCUCGAAGGCAUUGAUCACCGCUCGAGGGGUGCAGAUGACGACCAUCGGCCAGGUGGAAGCGGACCGACUUCCAGCCCUUGUCACGACCGGAAGUUCCACCGUGCCGACCGCUUGUGGGCGUGCGGGAAUGGGGAGGAAUGGGCUCGGGAGUUUCACAGCGGGCACUGGAGAGGAAGACGCAGAAAACGAUUUUCUCGGAAGUGGUGAGCAGCCGUCUCUGUUCAAUUCAAGCCCGUUAAUCGCCUCCAUUCUGCCGCAAUCCACACUGCAAUUGGCCAACGCAAUCUACAAGGAGGCGCCGCCGAAGCCCGUGAAAAAAGACAAGAAUGCGGAAAACGCCGCGGAGCAGCCGGCGAAGAUUCACAAGCUCGGCCGCAGUACAGUGGGGUUGUUGUCGUUGUGGGCAAUCCUGGCGCCGUUGGCGAUGCAGGACGUCGGGAGCCUGGAAUGAUCGGCAGACUGCUACUUCCUGAGGAGUAGACGCAACUCGUUGCAUCCACUUCGGCUGAACUCUAGAUUUUUUGCAACGAUAAGGAUUUUUAUCAAUAGAGAGUUGUACCACGAAUAUAAUGAACCGGGAUAGGAAUCAUAAAAUUUCGACGCCUGCUAUAGAGAGAAAUACAAGUUUGAUCUAACAACAACGACACCAGAUUAUGCAUAUAGGCGUUUUGCUUUUGGUCAGUGAUUCUUGUAAAAACCUGUAUGGCUUGUAAUUAUGUUGUCUUUUCAGAACUUCUAGUUCAACACACCUCUAGUGUUUAUUUUUUGCGAAAAGAAAUAUUGAUCUACCCUUGGCGAAAGAUCUGGAUCAAGGUAUGUGCAGGUGCAGUAUGCACCGUGCGUUGUCGUGUCAGUGUCACAUUUUAAAAAAACUCCACUCGUUUGUUGUAUCAAAUCGAAAUCCGAACCGUUUUCUGCGACACAUUCAUCAGUAUUGCCUUUUGGUAUCACAAAUAUUUGGCCGAAUGUCUGACUCACAGAUAAGAGAAGGUCGCCUCCGUUUCUUUUUUUUGUUCGCAGCCUCGACUCUGCUU